GUAAAGAUUGGGGUCAAUUACAUACGUUAAGUGCAGUGUAAAAGGUCUAAAAUACGUAGCAUUGUAAGUUUUGUGAAAUGUUAGGCGUGUUAAUUCUACUUAGUUUCCGUUGAAGAAUAUGCUCAGUGUAUCCAGAAAGACGAGAGAGGUGUUCGGCAAUAUUACUGACAUACAAAACUUGGUCGAUGUAAUGGCUUCUGACAUUCGUAGGGCAGUAACGGACGCAGAAGUUCAAGGAGGCGAACUUAGUCCUCAAACAAGUGCUGUAGAACCCUGCAUAUCAACAGAUUCACCAGGUCUGCAGUAUGAGCAGGAUAGCUUGUCCAACAUGUCACCAGCAGAUGAAUUGUCCAAAAACAGUUCAUUCCUUCUAAAUCAGAAAUUCACAAAAGAUGAUGCUCUGAAAAACUGUGGUGACUGGGUGGACAAUCAGUCAUCUCACAUAGAAAAGAAGAAUGAGGGUUCUAGGCCAUCACAGAAAAGGAAGCAGGCACCAUUAUGCGAAGAGCAAUGUGACUCCCCAGAUGAGAAUGAUGAUGCAGAUAGCGUUGUAUCAUCUGCUUGCAGAAACAAGCGCAGGCGCAAGGCAGUAAAGAUGAAAGAUGAGCAGCUAGAUCUGCAGUGUGAGUGGCAGGAUUGUGAUUAUGUCACUUGUAAUCUUGACCAAUUUGUGCGCCAUGUCAGCCUCCACAUACCACAUCUUGAGGUCAAAGUGAAUGAGGAUCAGGAAGGUAAUGGUUUUGUUGUGUACCCUAGGAUCCUUCCUGCUUCGAUAAGUAUUGAUGAUGUAAUGUGCCCAGUCAUCCACUUGUUCAUAUUAACUCCUGUUCCAUGUUCAAAUAUCCCAGAUGAAUUUAUUGGUUUGAAAAUAGGAAACAGAGAUGGAAACUAACAAUUUAGACAUUAACGCUUUUCAUGCCAUGAGCCGAUUAAAUUGCAUUUCCACAGCCAAACAGAUAGGCUUGAUAUCAGUCAUUUAGAACAGCAUUUCUGUUAAUAGAUGGGAUCAAGUGUAGUAUACUGAUGUUUGGGGGAAAGAAUAGACUUUCUUGGUGUCUACGUAUGGUCAUUUGAAGGUUAUCUGAGGAAGUACUGUGGAGUUUUCUGUGCAACAGUAUUUACCCCAAGCAGCCAAGCAGCAUUGCAUUUCUAGCCACUAGUUCCAUGGCAGGGCUUUGCAAGCAGAACAUGAGAGGGAUGUCCUUGACACUAUGAGAAGCUCAGCUGGAGGGACUUUAGACUUUUACAAAUAACCUUUACCUUGCACGCCAUUAUCUAAACAAUUUCCUUCACCAGAGAGCUCAGAGGUUUUAUAAGUGGGUUAGGAUUUUCAUCAUUAGACAGCAUGCUGCAUUGCAUGUCAUGUUAGAGCAGAAGAAAUACACUUCCAUUAUUUUUUGGCAUUUCCAUGAGGGAAACAUAAUUAAGUUGUAAAAAAUUGGCCAGAUUUCUGAGCACUAAUCGCAUAUCUGGUAAGAUUUUCUUGUAGAAUCAUGGCAGUCAAAGGGUUCAAGCAGAAUGAACCAUGGUAUGAUGGAAAUAACUUAGAAC